GAGGUUUCUGUUUACUGAGGAACUGCCCCUUGCCUCGUAGAAGCAAUUUUUUAGAUUAGGAAAAUACACACCUCUCUGCAUCUUCAAAAAAGGCGGGAAUCUUGGAUGGAGUAAGCGUUGAGCCCCAGUGAGAUGACUGACCAGGGCAACAACAACCAGAACAUCUCCCGCAACCCCUUUGCUGCCCUCUUCAGCUCACUGGCUGAUGCCAAACAGUUUGCAUCAGGCCAGAAACCCCAGCAGCAGUCUGCUCAACCACCAUUGGAAGACUCGGGAGAGAGCCAGUCGGAGUCAGAAAACUCUGUGUCGGACAGUGUUGAUGACAAUGACGACUCAGUUGCGGAGAUCAGCCGCUCCUUCCGCUCCCGGCAGGAGCUGUGCGAGCAGCUCAAUGUCAAUCACAUGAUUCAGAGAAUAUUUCUGAUCACUCUGGACAACAGUGACCCGAGUCUGAGAGGAGGCAAUGGGAUCCCCCCUCGCUGUGUUUAUCUGGAGGAAAUGGCAGCUGACCUGGAUGGACAGGACUGGCUGGACAUGGACAACAUAGAGCAGGCUCUUUUCAACCGCCUGCUGCUUCUGGAGCCGGGAAACCACCUCAUCUACAUGACAUCAUGCAGCGCUGUGAACCUGUCGGCUGACCGCGACGCUGGAGAUAAAUGUGCCAUCCCUUAUCUCUUUGCUUGUUUCCAGAGGGCGAAGGAGGAGGUGACCAAGGUGCCCGAGAAGUUGCUCUCCUUUGCGGUUCGCUGUAAGAACCUGACGGUUUCCAACACGCGAACGGUUCUGCUCACGCCUGAAAUCUACAUCAGCCAGAAUGUUUACGAGCAGCUGUUGGACCUGCUGCUGGAAGGCUUCAGGGGAUCCCUCUCCUCCCUGGUUUUAUCCACUCACCCGGCCAUUGUUGUUUCAGAGCCGGAGGAGGUGGUGGAGUUUGUGGAAGAGGUCGUCGCUGGGCUGCUGUCUGACCAAGAGGUGCGCACCUUUGAGGAGGUGGUAGUUCCCAUGUUCGAUAUCUUCCAGGGACGCAUCAAAGACUUGGACCUGUGCCAGCCUCUCCUGUACUCCUACUUGGAUGUUCUCCUCUAUUUUAGCCACCAUAAAGACAUUGCCAAGGUGUUGGUGGAGCACAUACAGCCCAAAGACCCAGCGAAUGGUUUGCAGUAUCAGAAGAGCCUCCUGGGAACUGUAUUAAAUAUAUCCUGUUUGCUGAAGACUCCAGGCGUUGUGGAGGGGCAUGGCUAUUUCCUGAACCCCUCCCGCUCCAGUGCCCAGGAGACAAAGGUCCAGGAGGCCAACAUCCACCAGUUCAUGGGUCAGUUCCAUGACAAGGUGCACCAGAUUGUUAAAAACCUGCUGCAGCGUUCCGGGGAGACCCGCCACCUGCUGCUGACGUGGUUGGGCAGCUGCCUGCAGGCCAACGCCGGCCGAACCAAAAUCUGGGCCAACCAGAUGCCGGAGAUCUUCUUCCAAAUGUACGCCUCCGAUGCGUUUUUCCUAAACCUUGGCGCGGUCCUCCUGAAACUGUGCCAGCCCUUCUGCAAGCCGCGCUCCCCCAAGCUGCUCACCUUCAACCCCACCUACUGCGCCCACAAAGAGAUGAGCGAAGACGAGAGGCGCAACCGCAACGUCCAUGCCAGAGGUCUGGACAAGGAAACCUGCCUGAUCCCUGUGCCCCCCCAGCAGCAGGUGGACUCGGCGCAGUCCUACAGCCUGCUGACCGAGAACCUCAUCUUCACCCAACUCGCUAUGCAUAUUGGCUUCCACAGACUUCACGAGCAGAUGGUCAAGAUGAACCAGUCUCUUCACCGGCUCCAGGUGACGUGGCAGGAGGCCCAGCGCACAGGCAACCCAAUGUCAGAGCAGCUCCUGGAGCAGUUUGAGCGUCUGAUGAUCGUCUAUCUGUCGACCAAAGCCGCCACCACACAGCCCGCCAUGCUGCAAUGCUGCCUUAAUCUCCAAGCUUCCACUGCUGCCCUGCUUGUUCAGCUUAGUAUAGGAAACCAGGGACCUGAGCAUGUAGCACUCAGUUUUCCCCUGCCCGCCCUACACAGCACUGUGCUCUGCUAUAUACCAGAAAACAUGGGAGAUUUUUUUAUCUUCCUGCGUCGGUUCGCGGACGAGGUUUUGGAGUCCUCUGCUGAAAGUCUGGAGCAGAUUCUGAACUUCAUCACUGUCUUCAUGGGAAAUGUGGAGAGGAUGAAGAACCCUCAUUUAAGGGCAAAGCUGGCAGAGGUUUUGGAAGCAGUGAUGCCUCAUAUGGAGCCGCUGGCGAACGGUGCUGCUCAGCCGGUCGUGUUUCAAAGAGAGAGGGUCUUCUGCUCCUACAGACACGCCCCUCAGCUGGCCGAGGCCCUCAUCACUGUGUUCGUUGACAUUGAAUUCACUGGCGAUCCUCAUCAGUUUGAACAAAAAUUCAACUACAGAAGACCCAUGUAUCCCAUCCUCAAGUAUAUGUGGAGCAAAGACAACUACAGAGAGAGCAUAAAGCACUUAGCAAACUAUGCAUCUGAGAACCUGGAGGCCAUGAACCCCCCUCUGUUCCUCAGGUUCCUCAACUUACUUAUGAAUGACGCCAUCUUCCUGCUGGAUGAGGCUAUUCAGUACCUUAGUAAAAUCAAGAUUCUGCAGCUGGAGCGGGACCGAGGCGAUUGGGAAGGCCUUGCCCCCGACGCCCGAAGAGAGAAGGAGUCGAGCCUGCAGAUGUUUGGACAGCUGGGACGCUUCCACAACAUCAUGUCCAACGAGACCAUCGGCACCCUGGCCUUUCUCACCUCAGAGAUCAAGGGCAUCUUUGUUCAUCCGUUUCUGGCUGAGAGAAUCAUCUCUAUGCUCAACUACUUCCUGCAGCACCUGGUGGGUCCUAAGAUGGGAGCUCUUAAAGUCAAGGACUUCAGCGAGUUCGACUUCAAGCCGCAGCAGCUCGUUUCUGACAUCUGCACAAUCUACCUAAACCUGGGCGAUGAGGAGAAUUUCUGUGCUACGGUCCCGAAGGAUGGCCGAUCGUAUUCUCCGACCCUCUUCUCUCAGAUGCUCCGUGUACUGAAGAAGAUCAAUAAGCCCGGCGACAUGAUUGUGGCUUUCAGUCUCCUUGCAGAUAAAAUAAAGUCUCAUGCAGACAGGCAGCAGCAGGAAGAGGAGACGUACGCAGAUGCUCCAGAUGAGUUCCUGGACCCUAUAAUGUCCACACUGAUGAUGGAUCCUGUCCUCCUCCCCUCUUCUAAUGUAACAGUAGACCGCUCAACUAUAGCAAGACAUCUCCUCAGCGACCAGACAGACCCCUUCAACCGCAGUCCUCUAACUAUGGACCAGAUCAGGCCAAACGAGGAACUCAAACAGCAGAUCCUACAGUGGUUGGAUAAACAUAAGCAGGAGAGGCUGCAGCUGGGGCCCAGUGGCUAGCCCUGACCUCCCCAGCGCCACAGUGACUCUCCGCUCAUCGUUGUCUUCUCUCCUGGCACACACGCUCCUCUGCUCUGUGACAAAUCCGCAGCGCGAUCUCCGCUGUGGACUCUUUCUUCUGUUUGACAUUGCAUUAGCUUUUUUCAUGCCUUCAUGCUUAACAGAUCAUCUCUGCAACGACAGUUCAGACAAACUAAAGCCCGCCUGCUGGAGCCGACUUCAGAAUGGUCACACAGCAGCCGCUCCGCUCCCAUGAUGCCGUGCGGUAAACACUAGCCUCUGCUUCUCACUGCGGCCAGAGCGUUGGCCAUGAACUCCUGACUGACCAGCCGUCUCUAACUCGAUUUUAUAAUGAAAGGUAAGUAUUUUUGGGAACUCACAAGUCAGAACAUGGAUGGAAUUGUUUAUAAUUUAAACUUGAUUUCCCCUCUGUAAAGAAUAUAUGAUACACUGCCGUUCAAAGCUCAACAUUACCCUAUAUGUUUGCACUCAUGGUUAACUCUUGACCGUAAUGUGCAUUGUAAAUUAAAUUAGAAAUUAAAAAUGAAAUGUCGGUAAAAUGUUACUCAAUUAUGUGACUUUUUGGAUUGAAAAUAAUCUAUAUAAUCUUGAGUACAUUCAAAAUCUUUUUCUUUUUUUUACUGUUUUUGUGUUUUAACACACAGUAAAACUAGUCGGAUCCUCAAAACACCUCAUUUAUUGAAGUGAUUAUUAUCUUGUCUGAAUGGGAAAGCCCUCUGAUGAAUCUACUGGGAUUAAAGGAUUACAACUUUGUGACAAGAGAGAAAAAACACAAAUUUGAAGUCUGUCUGGAAAUAUCAGAGUGUACAGUUAAACUGCACGACUUAGAGGCUUGUUAUUAUGGUGAGUGUUAAUUUGGGAGCAUUUUCUCUCAGCAGUCACAAAUAGAUAGUGACAGUGGUGCGACAGCUCCAGGGGACAGCUUGAUAAAAGCAAACAAAACAUCUGUGUAGCAUGAAAGUGUGAAACCCUUCGGGACUAUAAUUUCAUCACUCUAUUUGUCACGCAUUUAAAACUGCCUCAGCUUUGUAAAAGGUUUUUCUUCAUAGCUGGAGAAGGCCGAAACUGUCCAAAGCCUGACCAUCACAGUGACCCGCAUGUGUAAAAUGUGCCCAGUUCCCUUUUAAGACACUUCCGAUAAUGGGCACCAAGCUCCUGGCGCGAAGAAGCAAGAAGAAACUUCCAAAAACAUGGGUCGGUGUCGCCUGUGGUUUUAAGUAUGAACACACAUGCAGAUGAAACAGGUGUAAAGGAUUCCAAAAUGCCCCACUGUAUUAGAAAUAAAGAUUAGCUCCAACUCAUUAUCCGUCAGCAAGCUAAUCUGACUGAGUAGAUGCAGUUUAUGGUUUCAAUUCUGUCAGCUUCAUACACAGUCUUAUUUUAGGGUCCUGACAGCAGUCACAUUUCUUGAUGAAAUCCUAAAUGGCAGAAAUAUAAGGUUCAGUUAUUUUUGAUUGGCAGUGUACACGUCGGUCAUGGUCACUUUUUUUAAAUGGAUGCUCACCAGAUGUUGACUGAUGUGACCGGAUACAGUGUUUUGAUUAGAGUUUUUUCUCGUUCGUUAAGCGUAGCGUUUUGACGUGUGGGGAAACAGUCGAUCCAUAGAAUCGGUGCCUAAAACCAAGAGCCUUGCAAUAAGUGUCAGCGGAUGAGGACUCGACCUGUUUUAUAGGCUUCGCUUUCCCAGUUGUUUAGUUUUGUUGAGGACAACAUGGGGCUUUAAGUAGGCUGUUGUGAAAGAAGAGCAGAAGAUGAUUAAAUGUUGUUGAGUAGUGUUUUGAAUAUAUGUGGUGACAUUUAAGUAGGAGUUGGUGAAAUGUGAGGAGAAGAUUGGAUGGCAUGCUCCUCCCAUACUGUGUUUGAUAAUUACCACCCUGACGAUCACAUGGUUUUCAGUAAAAUCCAUUUUUUUUGUUUUGUUUUGUGAUUUUAAAUUGAUUGUAUUGGAUGUACAGUAUGAUUAAGGAAUAAACUCAUCUAAGUUAUAUAAAA